AUGGUGGGGCCGGGAACGCGGCUGGCCGGACACCGCAGGGGAUCGCGCAGGCCUCGGCGCCGCCGCUGCCGCCUCCCGCCCGCGCCGCCCCCUCCACGCCGCGGUCGCUCGGUGGUCCGAACCUGCGGGAAGAACGUCCAGGCCUCCCCGAGACCGCAGAGCGCGGGGACCCCGGGCGGGGAGGGUUCAAUCCGGGGCCCCAGCCCCCCGCCAAUCCCUUUUAUGGACGCUCAUACUGGGAGCCCGUCGCAGGAUAAGGCCCAGAAAACCAAGGAUGUUCACUUGCUGUACGAAGGUUGGGGUCCUGGUGGCUCUUCUCUCCUCAUUGAAGCGUUAUCCAACAGUGACUCCAAGUGCCACUCAGACAUCAAACAUAUCCUGAACAAGAAUGGAGGAAUGAUUACAGAAGGAGCUCAUCACUCCUUUGACAAAAAGGGAGUGGUUGUGAUUGGUGUGGAGGACAGAGAGAAGAAAUCUGUGAGCCUAGAGCGAGCCCUGGAGCUGGCUAUCGAAGCAGGAGCUGAGGAUGUAGUUGAAACUGAAGAUGAAGAGGAAAGGAACCUUUUUAAAUUUAUCUGUGAUGUCUCGUCACUGCAUCAAAUAAGGAAGAAGCUGGACUCCCUGGGCUUAUGUUCCAUGUCCUGUACACUAGAGUUCAUCCCCAACACCAAGGUGCGGCUGGCUGACCCAGACCUGGAGCAGGCUGCCCAUCUCAUCCAGGCUCUCAGCCGCCAUAACGACGUGAUCCACUUGUAUGACAACAUCGAGUAG